AUGUAUAUUCCAAAGUCGAUAGAGGGAUUGGCACGGCUUGUGAGGUCGUGUUCUUCCACGAGAGAUUGGCACCUGGGCCGCCAGAUCGAGGCAUGUAUUCGCAGCAGCAGUGAGCACCACGGCUCGCUUCUUCUCGCCAACCUCCUCGUGGAGAUGCAUGGCAAGUGCGGCCGACUGCAGGACGCCAAGGAGGCGUUUGAUCGUAUCCUCGCGCCCAAUGCCUUCUCCUGGAACAUCCUGGCCGCGGCAUUCACGCAGAACGAUCGCCUCCGCGAGGCCAUCGAGAUCUUCCAUGCGAUGGCACAGCGCGACUGUGUUUCCUGGACUGUGAUCAUCACUGGCUUAGCCCAGAAGAGUAUGAUCGCUCAGGCCGAGCAGUACAUGCUCAAGAUCCCCCAUUUUGAUUCUCGGGUCUGUACCGCUGUGCUGCAAAUGUUUGUCGAGAAUGGGCAUCUUGAUGAAUGUUGGAUCUUGUUUGAUCAAAUGCCUAAAAAAGAUGUUUUUGCGUGGACAGUUCUUGUAACUGGAUUUUUGUUUAGAGAUCUCGUAGAAGAAUCGUUUGAGUGUUUCGUGAAGAUGGCACACCACAACCUGGUUUCGUGUACAGCCGUGAUGUCUGCAAAAGCCGAGCAUGGGCAGUUUAAAGAGUGUAAGGAACUCUUUGAUGCGAUGCCGCAGCGAAGCUCCAUCACUUGGAAUGUGAUGUUGAGAGCGGUGGCGAGCACUGGAAGUUGUUUUUUGGAAAUGGAUGUUCUCGAAAGAAUGGCCAAACAUAGCGUGGAGUCGUGGAACUGUUUGCUCAAGGCAAGCGGGGGAGAGAGUGUUUUCUAUCAAAUGCCCGAGCGCAACAUUGUUUCAUGGACGACGAUGCUUGGAUUGUUUGAGGAACGAGGAGAGAUUGCGCAAGCUAAAGAGGUUCUGGAAAGAAUGCCGCAGUGGGACGUCGUUUUGAUGAAUGCCAUGAUUUCGGCUUACGCCCAAGUGGGAAACACUAACGAUGCGAAGCGGAUCUUUGAUUCAAUGUCCUUCCGGGACGUCUUUACUUACAAUUCGAUGCUCCAGGCUUCGGUGGAGAAUGGCCAGUUUGCCUCUGCUAUGAUCUGGUUUGAAAGAAUGCCACAGCACGAUGUAGUUUCCCGUACCUCAGCGAUCAUCUGUCUUGGCAAACAAGGUUCUCACACGGAAGCCUUGGCUCUUUUCGUGAAACUGCCUCAAAGAAACCCUGUUGCUUGGAACGCCAUGGUUUCUACAAAUGCCUGUGCUGGUCAUUUGGAUCUCGCUUUAAAAACCUUCUAUCUCAUGCCGCAGUGGAACGUCACUGCGUGGAACUCUCUUCUCGUCUCUUACAGUCAACGUGGCUUCUUAGUAAACGCUUCUAAGGUCUUUGGAGAAAUGCCGACAAGGGACGAGUCAACGUGGAAUACCAUGGCCUCAGCUCUCGCUACGAACGGGCAGCUGGACCAGGUGUUGACAUUGACCGGCAGGAUGCCCGAGUUGACCGUCGAGUCGUCAACAGUGGUGCUGACUGCGAUCGCCGGCAGCGGUCGCGUUGACCGGGCCAAGGCCUUCUUUGACUCCAUGCCGCAGAAGGACGUGGUCUCAUGGACGGCUCUGAUGGAAGCGCACGUCCAGAAUGGAGAUGGCGAUCAAGCCAGAGCUUUGUUUCGAAGAAUUCCCAGCCGGAAUGUCCUGGCAUGGACGCUGAUCUUGGCCUUGGCUGCGAGGAAUGGUGAUCUGCGUGAAGCCAUGGAAACUUUCAUCUCGGCCCCGGAGAAGGAUGCCACUUUGCAGGCCGUGAUGCUCUCCGCGUAUGCCCAGAAUGGGCAUCUCGACCAAGUGAAGCUCGUCUUCGAGGCCAUGGAUCAAAGCGAUGUCACCUCCUGGAAUGCGCUGGUGGGGGCCUUCGCUUGCAACGGGCUCCGGGGGGACGUGACCAAGCUCCAGCGUCUCAUGGCUGUGACUGGCGUUGCCGCGAACGAGGUGACGUUUGUGGCAGCCUUAGUUUCGUGCAGCCAUGCCGGGUUUGUCGAAGAUGGACGAGCGUUCUUCGUUGCGAUGAGAGCGGAGCACGGGAUGGUCCCGACUUUCCAGCACUUUUGUUGCAUGGUCGACAUUCUGGGACGAGCGGGGAGGCUGGAGGAGGCCCGGGAGCUGGUCAAUAGCAUGCCUUACAAUCCCGACAGCGUUGCCUGGAAUACAAUACUCGGCGCCUCGAAAGCUGUGGGAGAUGAAAGCUUACCGGGUGGAGAUGUUGCUGAUGGUAUUGUAAGCAUGGAUCCAAGAAAAGCAGCGGCAGCUUAUGUGAUGCUUUCCAGCAUCGCUGCCACAAGCGCGAGCCUGCAACAUCUUCGUUAA